CUGGGGACGGCAGGGGAAAGAAGGUUAGGGGAGUACGCCAGGCCCAGGUCGCCGCAGGUUCGGGAGACACUCGGGUCGGCGUGUGGGUCUGUCUGUGGAAGCCGCGGGGAGCGGGGCCGGUCUGUCGGCCUCCAGCCCACAGGUCCUGACAAGAACCAAGAAAUGAAGGAAGGAGAAGGAGGUUCCAGCAUCUAGAUGUUGUCAUUCUGGGGCCACUUUUGACUGGCGACUAAGAUUUCUAACUAGAAAUUUAGAGCAUAUCCAGAAGGGACAAAGACAGAGUAUCCCGGUUGCUGGCCAUUUCCCAAAACCGAAGAAAAUGAUCCAUGCUCAGGACACCCUGUCAUUCGGGGAUGUGGCCGUGGACUUCAGCCGGGAGGAGUGGCAGCUCCUGACCCCCGCUCAGAAGGGCCUGUACCGGGACGUGAUGCUGGAGAACUACGGCCACCUGGUGUCAGUGGGGUACCAAGCCAGCAAACCAGAGGCACUUUCCAAGUUGGAACGAGGGGAAGAACUGUGGACGGUACAGGACGAAGCUCACAGCCGGGUCCGUCCAGAAACUGGCAAAGUUGAUAAUCGUCUGCAGGAUCACUGGGAAAAUCAAAGACCACCGAAAUGUCUGGAACAAUACCACCAACACAAUGUAGUUGGAAAUAUUGUUUCUCAAAGCAAAAGUCAUUUCCCUUUUGGGAAAAAUAAUGAUAUAUUUGAGAUCUAUAUAAAAACUUUGAGAUCAAAUUUAAGUUUAGUUAACAAGCCCACAAGCUAUGAAGUUAAGAACUCUGCUAAAUUUAAUGGAGAUAGGAAGUCACUUCUGCAUGGUAAGCUUGAAGAUUUUCAUUCUGCAGUUAAAUUCCCUAUAAGUGCAAAGCCCGUUAGCAAUAAGUCACACAUCAUUAAGCAACAGAGAACUCACAACACAGAGAAAGCCCAUGUAUGCAGUGAAUGUGGGAAGGCCUUUAUUAAGAAGUCUCAACUCACUGAUCAUCAGAGAGUUCACACAGGAGAGAAACCUUAUGGAUGCAACAUGUGUGCAAAAGUAUUCUCCAGAAAGUCCAGGCUCAAUGAACAUCAGCGAAUUCAUAAAAGAGAAAAAUCCUUUAUAUGCAAUGACUGUGGAAAAAUCUUCACCAUGAAGAGCCGUCUGAUUGAACACCAGCGAACUCACACUGGAGAGAAACCCUACGUGUGCAGCGAAUGUGGAAAAGGUUUCCCAGGGAAGCGUAAUCUCAUUGUACAUCAGCGAAAUCAUACUGGAGAGAAAUGCUACAUAUGUAGUGAAUGUGGAAAAGGCUUCACUGGGAAGAGCAUGCUCAUCAUUCAUCAGCGAACUCACACUGGAGAGAAGCCCUACAUCUGCAGUGAGUGUGGGAAAGGCUUUACCACAAAGCACUAUGUCAUCAUUCAUCAGCGAAAUCAUACAGGAGAGAAACCAUAUAUGUGCAAUGAAUGUGGAAAAGGUUUCACGAUGAAAUCUCGUCUGGUUGAACAUCAGCGAACUCACACUGGAGAGAAACCCUAUGUGUGUGAUGAAUGUGGAAAAGGCUUUCCCAGAAAGAGUAAUCUCAUUGUACAUCAGAGAAAUCAUACAGUAGAGAAAUCCUACAUAUGUAGCGAAUGUGGAAAAGGCUUCACUGUGAAGAGCAUGCUCAUCAUCCACCAGCGAACCCACACUGGAGAGAAGCCCUACAUCUGCAGUGAGUGUGGGAAAGGCUUUCCCUUGAAGAGUCGGCUGGUCGUGCAUCAGCGAACGCAUACUGGGGAGAAACCCUACAGAUGCAGGGAAUGUGGGAAAGGCUUUAUUGUGAAUAGUGGACUGGUAUUACACCAGCGAACCCAUACCGGAGAGAAGCCCUACAUAUGCAUUAAAUGUGGAAAAGGUUUUGCCUUCAAGAGCAAUCUUGUGGUACAUCAGCGCACUCAUACUGGAGAGAAACCCUUUAUGUGCAAGGAAUGUGGGAAAGGCUUCACCAUGAAACGCUAUCUCAUCGUACAUCAGCAGAUUCACACAGGAGAGAAAUCCUACAUAUGCAGGGAAUGUGGUAAAGCCUUUGCCAUGGAAACUGAGCUAGUUUUACAUCAGCAAAUUCAUACUGGAGAGAAACCUUAUGCGUGCAAUGAGUGUGGGAAAGGUUUCACCGUGAAAAGCCGUCUUAUUGUUCAUCAGCGCACUCAUACAGGAGAGAAACCUUUUGUAUGUGGUGAAUGUGGAAAGCGCUUCUCCUCAAAGAGAAAUCUCAUUGUACAUCAGAGAACUCAUAAUGGACACAAAGCCUAAUAAGACAACAAAUAUGGUUACAUCUUCAGAAAGAAAACAGGACUUGUACAACAUCAGAUUUCACACAGAUAUCCUGUAUAUGUACUGUGGAAAAUUCUCUUCAGUCAGUAUUAGUCUCAUUACCUCCAGGGAAUUCACAGAGAAUUCAAACAUUACAUAUGCAAUUAAGGAGAGAAAGCCUUCAACAUGAAUUCAGCACCCACUGUACAUCAAGUAACUCAUAAAAGAGAGGCCCUGUGGAUUCAGUCACUGAGGAAAACCUUUCUCUUAUUUGUCAAGCCUUGUUAAUACACACAAGAAAUGUAUAAAUCAAGGCACAUAAUCCCUUGAAGAGGAUCUAAACUCAGUACAUACAAGUGAACUUGUGCAGGGGACAAACCAUGAUAGUUUGGUGAACAGUCUGAACAUCAAGAGCGCUCCAAGCAUACUUGAAUAUAGUCAAUGUAGUCUGUUGUUAGAUUUUCACCUUGGGAAAUUACAGUUUUCAUAAGAGCGAAAUUUAGUGAAUGCAGAGAAUGUGCUAGCGCCUUCAGUGAUCAAUUACCUCACAUUGUAUGUCCAAAUUAACACAUAAGGGAAAAAAAAGUCUGGUACACUCAAUGCACAAAAGUCUGAGGAAACAUUUUUAGGUAAUUAAAUGUCUGAAAAGUAUAUACUAAGAUAAAUCUUAUGAGAGGAGAGAUUAGGAAAGCCUAUGGGAAUAAAGAUCCUGGCUCAUUGGAGGUCAUAAUAGGUCAUGAGUGACAUCAUACGCAGUAGCAACAUGAUCAUCAUGGCGAAGCCUUUGUCUAGAAAUAAAACCUCAACAGUUGCCUGAUAUUCAUGUUGGAGAAAAGUUUCCAGAUGACAGGAUUUCAGUGCUACAUUCUGCCUCAUCAUUUCUCAUUAGUUCAUACAGAAACAGGAACACGCUAAAUGGGAGUAACAUUAGCAAAAUAUCAGAGCAUUCUCAAGGAAAGAAGCCUUGUGAAAAUGGUGUAUAUUUGAAUUUUCUCUCACAAAACUAAACUUAUGCACCUGGUGUCUAUUUUAGGACAGGAUACCUUGAACCAUAUUCUCAAUGAUUCCAUAAUUUUAAAGUAGGCUAUUUCAACACUGGUUAAAUUUUGAUGGUAAAUACAGUGCAAGGGUGUACUGUGCCCAUCUUGUAUCAUUAUAUGAUUAGCCCUUACAUUUCUUAGGCUCUAAAUUCAUCUUUUUCAGCCUAUUAUGUACUUCAAAAGAAAAAGGAAUAUAUUCAUAAAUAUAAUUCAAAAUAUUUGGAUGUGUUAAUCCAAGUUUAGCUGACAAAAACACUUUAUAUGUGAUUUUUCUAAAAUGUUUGGAAAUAAUUUUAGAUUCACAAGAAAUUAUAAAAUAUACAAGGUUCUUAGUACCUUUUUCUAGGUUUUUCAGUGAAAUCAUCUUACAUGACUAUAAUACACAAUCAAAACCAAUAAAGUAACAUUGGUAUGACGCUGUAAGUAACUGUAGACCUUGGAUUUCACUAGUUUUUGCAUGCACUAAUUUGCGUGAGGUUUUGGGGGUUUUUUUGGUGUAAAAUUCUAAGAAAUUUUAUCACAUAUCUAGAUUCCUUUAAUCCCAGCACAAUCCAGACGCAGGAUUGUUGCACCAAAUCAAAGCCACAGCCUCAUGCUACCCGCUUACAGUCACACACUCCUCCCAACUCUGACCCACGGCAACCGCUGGUCGGUACUCCAGCAAAUUUUGUCAUUCCAGGAAUGCCACUGCAAUGGAACAUUACAGUGUGUAACCUUUGACACAGGCUUUUCUUCACUCAGCAAAUUGUCCUAAGAUCCAUCCAAUUUGCUGGCUUUAUGAGUAGCUCCUGUUACUUAGUAUUUUUUUGUAUGGAUGUACCAUCUGUUCACUGAUGACUGGGUUGUUGCCAGUAUUUCGCUGUUAAGAAUAAAAAUGCUGUGAACAUUUGUGUACCCAAUUUUGUGUAAAUAUAGUUUUUGUUUCUCUGGGAUAAAUAUCGAGGAAUCACAUGUUAAGUCUGUGUUUAUAAGAAACUGCCAAACUUUUCCAGGCAGCUUUACUAAUUUACAUUCCCACUAGCGGCCUAUGGCCGCUCCAGCUGUCUGUGUCCUUUGUAGCCCUUGGCACAGUCAUACAUGAUUCUAGCCAUCCUGUCGGUGUGUGGCGGUAUAUGAUGAUGGCCUUAACUCACAUUUCCCUAACAGCGAAUGAUGUUCAGUAUCUCUACAUACACUGAGAACCUUAUUGGGUACAGUUGUCAUUUUUGCAUUCAACCAUCAGUUUGAAAAACUCGAGUAUAUUUGAUAUGUUUACACUAUUCUUUUUCCUUCAUUGCACCAUGUUUUCUUUUUAUCAAUUGUUUUUGAGCAGGUCUGCAGGCAACCCAUUCUGAGUUUUGCUAGCAAUAGGGCUCUUGUUCUCUUUUCUUUGUACAUUUCCCCCGAUGUAAUAUUCAGUUUGGUUUACAAAUGCUAAGUCCUGCUUUUGGCAAAAGAGAGGACAUUUGCCAUACAGCGUCACGUUGUACAAUUGCCGUGUUGAACAAUUCCUUCUGGUAAAAGUAUUUUUUUGAGCAUCUACACUGUGCCAGGCACUGUUGCAGCCCCUAGGGACACAUCCAUGAGCAAAAUAGGCAAAGCCAGGUCCUUUGUGGAGCAUACAGCAUAGUGAAGGGGUGAGUAAAAUAAAUACAUAGCAGAAGUUCUGAUGAGUGCUGUGAAGAAAUAGGGAGCCUAGUGCAUAGGCUGUAAUGGAGGAGCUGUUUUAGGAAGGGUUUUCAAGGAAGGCUGUGCCAGACUGAUGUUAAUUUGAACCAAUACCUAAGUGUACUGAGGGGAGCUAGCCAGCAUAAUAUUUGUAAGCCAAGAACACUCCAGACCUGUUCCUAAGUGUUUUCUCUGGUUACUUCUGGUACUGGAACCCCGGACCUUUAUGAUCUAUUCUUAAAUAUGAACGUCUCUGCCCUAAAUCCUGAUUUAGUGCUCCUUUCACCAUCUGCACACUGUAACAGGAUGCAUCCUGGGUACAUACUCUACAGCAAAAAAUCGGACAUGAGUGUUCCACCAGCCAGGCCCGCAGAUCCCUGUUCUUGUCCUCUUGCGAAUCUCCACACCCUGCCCUGGCGAGGUCAGAUCAACUCACUCUCGAAACUCCCCGAUCAGGAUGGGCUGCUCGGCUGCCCCGAGCUCACUGGACCAGAUGCUGAACUCACCUUUCAGAGUCUGACAUCCCAGGUGUCGAUGGGGCUGAAAUUUAAUCCCUAGAGGGGAUAUAAUAUUCUUACUGUAAGAAAUUAUGAUGCCCUUGUAGUAUGUAACUGAAAACCAUGGGCAGGUUCAAUUGUGCUUAUUAUAGUUGUGUAUUGUUUAUUGCUCUAAGAAAUGGCGUGUGAAUUCUGUAAAAAUGUAUCUUAUUUUUAUACAUAUAAAAUUGCAGACAUUGUUCUAUUUAAGUGGUUAUUUGUUUAAAUGAUGGUGAAUACUUUCUCGACACUGGUUUGUCUGCAUGUGUAAAUAUUUUUACAAGGAGAUAAAAUACAGAUUUGUUUUUUCUAAAAAAAAUUAUGCAAAUAAGUUUUCAAUGUAUAGAAAUUAGAAAAAUAUAACAAAUACAGAAAUCUUAAAACACUUGUAAUUGUACCUGAAAGCCAAGCAGUGUUCAUCUCCCCAAAUUUUCAAACGUAUGUACAUACAUCUUUUAUGAAAGAACAGUGAAACUAAUCUAUUAUAUAUUUACUAUAUAACCAUCUACAUUAUUCUUCUAAAACCUUUCUAAAUUGACAUUUUUAUACACCGAAGUAAUACAUAUUUAUAAUACAAACAUAUACUAACAAUGGAGAACUGCAAAAAUCGGCAGUGUGAAAACUUCUGAUAUUCUCUUACCUAUAAGCACAGAUCCUAACGUGAUCCAAACUAAAUGUUUUAUUUAACCAGUAACAAUUUUCGAAAAGACAAAUGUUUAUGAUUUGUUCCCAUUAUAUUUCUACUGUCCUGCAGAUCUGUUUUUUUUUCCCUCUAAAGGAUAUGAUUAUCUCAUACUGAAGUUGGAGUUUAUUCUUUUUAAAUGCUCUAUACAAUCCUGCCAAGCUGAUGUUACAUUAAUUUACCAGGUAUCAUUGUACUUGUAGGUUUUUCCUUCUUUGGUUUUUAAAAUUACAAAAGCCGCUGUGGUUAAUUUUAAGAAAACUUUUUACCAAAUAAACUUGAA